AUGAAAGUAGUCGCUUUAAUAAGUGGGGGAAAAGACAGCUGCUACAACAUGAUGCAGUGUGUGGCUGCUGGGCAUCAUAUUGUAGCUCUAGCCAACCUACGCCCAGCACACAAAGAUGAGCUGGACAGUUACAUGUACCAAACAGUGGGCCACCAGGCCAUCGAACUGUACGCUGAAGCCAUGGACUUGCCACUUUACCGACGCACCAUCCAGGGCAUCAGCUUGGACAUCAGCAGAGACUACCAGGAGACGGAAGGGGACGAGGUGGAGGAUCUUUAUCAGCUGCUACGUCUUGUCAAGGAAAAGGAGGGUGUCGAAGCAGUGUCUGCAGGGGCCAUUCUCUCUGAUUACCAGAGGGUCCGUGUUGAAAAUGUGUGUUUGCGUCUUGGUUUGCAACCUCUGGCCUACCUGUGGCACCGAGACCAAGAGUCACUGCUCUCGGAGAUGAUCUCAUCUGACGUCCACGCCAUACUCAUCAAAGUCGCCGCCUUCGGCCUAGAUCCUGACAAGCACCUGGGAAAAUCUCUGGCUGACAUGGCGCCCUACCUGAAACAGCUCUCUAAAAAGUAUGGCGUCCAUAUAUGCGGAGAAGGUGGAGAAUAUGAAACAUUUACCCUCGAUUGCCCCCUCUUCAAAAAGAGGAUUGUCAUAGAUUCGUCUGAGACAGUGAUUCACUCCCCGGACCCGUUCUCUCCGGUCGGCUACCUGCGCUUCACCGCCAUGCACACGGAAAGCAAAGCCAGCGAUGCAGUGGCGCGAGCUGUGGUCCACGCUCGUUGUCCUUGCCAGAGUGCCAUUGACAAGAUGACGGAGGAGGCGGAAUAUGCUGAUGGAGCCGGAGACGACCACCAUCACCAGCGACAAUUUACAUCAGACGCUGACCUUAGUUGUCAGCGAGGCUUCGCGCUCCCUGCACCUGCGCCUCUAUCCUGCUCUUCCAUGACUUUUCGAGGUUAUCAGUGGAUUUCUGGCAUCAAUGGGCUGCAAAGCCAAGACCCCGGGAUCCAGGGCCAGACUGAAGCAGCCUUUGUACUCUUGCAAAGUGAACUAGAUACGAGAGGCUGGAGCAUGAAGGACAUUGUCCUUGUUCACCUGUAUGUGAGCAGCAUGGAAGAUUUUGGUCCACUGAAUGCCGUGUAUAAGAACUACUUUGACACAAACCCUCCUGCCAGGGUGUGUGUCCAGGCCUCGUUGCCCGCUGGCCUACUGCUGCAGAUGGACACUCUCCUCCAUAAGUGGACCGAGCCAGCCAGAGAGGAUUGCUUUUAUCGGCGAGAAGCUCUGCACGUACAGUCUCUAUCACACUGGGCCCCAGCCAACAUAGGCCCCUACAGCCAAGCCCUGAGGGUAGAUGAUACAGUCUUCUGUGCAGGCCAAAUCGCACUGGUUCCCUGUACCUUGCAGCUAGUGAAGGCAGGCACCCAUGUGCAGGUCAGCUUGCUGCUAAGCCACGUCCAGAAGGUUCUGGAAGCCACCAUUAGCACCUUGUCUCUAGCCCAUGUGGUUCAGGCCCACUGUUACGUCACCAGACGACAAGACAUCGCCGUCAUUCAAGCCAUAUGGGAACGUGUGUUGGAGGUUAUGGAGAAAGAUCAGGAGCUGCUUAUUGUGCCUGACAGCAGAGCCCCUCCAUUAUUAGUGGUGGUAGUCGUACCUGCAUUACCUAAAGGUGCUGCCGUGGAACUCCAUGUUACAGCCAUCCAGGAUGACCUCUGCAAAAGGACUUCCUGUCAUGUGACCACAACAUUGCGGCACUGCCACAUAGAUUGCCACGUUCUAACAUCCGCAGACCGAAGUGGCGCCUCGCUGUCCCUACGCCUGACCCUGACCGACCCUGCGGUCAGUGAGGAUGUAAGUGAGGUCACCGAUGCAAUCUGCUCAGCGUUUCAAAAAGCCCUGAAGAGGACAGAGGCUGAGCUGGUGCCGCUGUGUGUCCGAAUCUUCUACAAGUGCCACCACAUGCUGGCGAAGCAAGUCACUGAAGGAAUCGAAGAUGCUUUGAAAAAACUCCUCGGGGACUCCAGUCCGUCGGUGGCCCUGGUUCCAGUCCUGGACUUGCCUGAUUCCAACGUCCUCAACCUGUCGUGCUGGCUCAGCUCAUAG